CAACUAGCUUAUCAUCUGUAUUCAAAAAUGGGGCGAAAGAAACGCAAGUCCGCCGAAAUGCCAGCCACCAGCCCUACGCCUCCUUCUCAGGCUAGGGCGAGCGAGCCAGGCGCCUCCGCCACGAUCGCCAGCCAAGACCGAUCCAAGCGUCGCGAGCACGAUGAUACCAAGGUGUUCCAAAAGUCCCACCUGGCGUGGGCCAGAUUCUGGGCCGAGAAAGCCGCCAGGCUUGCGUCUCCGUUCGCGAUCAUCGAGCCCGAUGAUGAGGCGAUCCCCUUCCUGAUCGAUCGUGUAGAAGUGAAGGUACACAUUGGGAACAAAAAGGUAUCUGGCGGCCAGAGGGUACCCCGGUACGAUGGGUGCGACUUGAACCCCCCGCUGUCGCGUGACGCCGUCGCGGACAUCGUCAAGCAAACGCGAGCCGACUGUCCGAAAGCGCAGGCCUGGUUGGGCGCGCAUGCAUACGGGUUUGAGCGGGAAGAUCAGGAAAAGCGACAGAUGGGGAUCAUCGAGCGUGAGCAGAAGAGGAAGGCGACGGUGGACAGCCUGCGGUAUCAGACCAUGGUGGCCUUGAAAGCGGCGGAGGCGUCGAAGGAGGAAGUGCGCGAGGUCCUGGCUAUGCUGCCACCCGCGCAGCUCAAGCCGACUCCGGCGAUUACCACUGAGGCUGAGAUGGUGGCGCAGGUCAAACGCGUGGAGAAGGCCCAUGAGAGGCUUCAACGGACACUCGCGGAAAUGAAGGAUUUCAAGUGUGCUUGAUUGGUUGUGACCGUCCCUGGAGAUCCCACAUGUCAUAUAGUACACAUGCCGAGAUCCUGCAGGUGUGGUGGUGGUGAUGUUCUUUUCUCCUUUCUUCGCCGGCUGUGCUGCAUAUUCCCAUU